GGAGAGUCCGGAGAGGCUGGCAGAACUUGGCCGCGAAGGCCCCUCCCAGCCCCCCGGGAACCCAGCUGUCCCCUCCGCAGAUUCUCCGGGGCUGGUUCAUCACCUCUGAAUACUCCUGUGACAGGAGGUGCUUGCAGAACCCGCCUCCAGCCCCAAGCAGGAAUAAAUAGAAGGCACCCAGCCCAGGAGAAGCAAGAAGUUUCUAGACCUGCGUUCCCGGUUUAUUAAGCUCUCCGCUCCACUCAGCGGCUCUGGCUGACAGCCUGGACGGCCUGGGCGGACGGUGGCUGGCUCAUCUCCGGUGAGGCUGUGUGGAGAGGGGUCCUUGAGAAUUCUGCUGCACUGGCCAAGGGUCGCCUUUGGUGGCUGGAGAGUCUUGCGGGGCUGGGACCCCAGCCUGGUGUGUGUGUGCCUCUGUCCUUGGCAGUGGCAUUUUCUGAAGCUGAAGAAUAACCUUGGAAGGCCAGUGCACCCACAUCACCUUGCUGUGUGACCUUGGGCAGGUGGCUCCCUCUCUCUGAGCCUCUGUUUCCCCUCCAGCUCAGCAGCCGCCAUGGCUGAUGGUCAGAUGCCCUUCCCCUGCCAUUACACGAGCCGCCGGCGCCGGGACCCCUUCCGGGACUCAUCUCUGUCCUCCCGCCUGCUGGAUGAUGGCUUCGGCAUGGACCCCUUCCCCGACGACUUGACUGCCCCUUGGCCCAACUGGGCCCUGCCUCGACUCUCCUCCGCCUGGCCGGGGACCCUGAGGUCGGGCAUGGUGCCCCGGGGGCCCUCUGCUGUGGCCAGAUUUGGGGUGCCUGCCGAGGGCAGGAGCCCGCCCCCUUUCCCCGGGGAGCCCUGGAAAGUGUGUGUCAAUGUGCACAGCUUUAAGCCGGAGGAGCUGAUGGUAAAGACCAAGGACGGAUACGUGGAGGUGUCUGGUAAACAUGAAGAGAAGCAGCAAGAAGGUGGCAUUGUUUCCAAGAACUUCACAAAGAAAAUCCAGCUUCCUGCAGAGGUGGAUCCUGUGACAGUAUUCGCCUCGCUUUCCCCAGAAGGCCUGCUGAUCAUCGAAGCCCCCCAGAUCCCCCCUUACUCACCAUUUGGAGAGAGCAGUUUCAACAACGAGCUUCCCCAAGACAGCCAGGAAGUCACUUGUACCUGAGACCCCAGUCUUGGCCCUUCCUUGUUCCCUCCCCAACCCCUGGGCUUCUUUGAUUCCAGGAUACAUUACUUUAGCUGAACUCGUAGAUUUAGUGCGACUGAAAUGUUGGGGGUCAGGGUGGAUUGACCAGAUUCCCUGGAGAGUGUAAUAGUAGGUUUUUCCGCAAGAUGGCGCAAUUGGCAGGUCGUGUUCCGCUGCAUUAGGCCAAGGUGCUGCGAGUUUUUCUUUCUUUACCUUUUCUAUCGUGAUGAAAAUGUUGCACAUUCUACAGCUGCAAAACAAAUAAAAGGGGACAUAACAUUUCACAUUGUAUCUUACCUUGCAGCUAAUGCAAGAGUUGCUUUUCUCUGGGGACCUCCCCAUCACCCAGGUUCCCAUUCUGGGCUCCCAGUGUCCAUGCCUGCCUCAGGGUUUGGUUGACGGAGCCCAGAAGCUCACCCCGCUGUGUUUCUGAAGACUUGGUUUACACAGGCUUAUAGACAGGUCUUACAUCCCCAUAUGGGAUUUAUCCAACAACCACGUGAAAACAAACAGUGCCUUCUGCCCUCCACCCAGGCAUUUAUAGCAUGUUCCCAAGCUGGCACUCCCCAAGGACUCUGGAAGCCCCUUAGUUUAUUCUCUGGCUAAAGUCCCCCCUUUCUUGUGUCUCCUAUGUCCAAGUCGGGAUUUUUACAGAGGGGGCUGUCUCCAGACAGCUCCACCAGGAACCAAGCAAAGGCCAGACUGCCUGUCAGGCAGACUCGUGGUACUGUGUAUAUGGGUGGGACGUGUGUGUCUUUGUUAUUUGAAUUGUGCUGUUUAGGGGAAAAUAACAGUAAAUAAUAAUAGUAAUAAAGGAGCUUGUUCUUAGCUUCGUGUGUCAUUUUGAUGGGAACUAAAUGCGGUACCACUUAGAUAUGCCACAUCUAUUAGGGAUGCUUGUGGCAUCAAAUAAUAAUGCCCAAUGCAUAGUGGCUUAAAUGACAUAAACAUCUGUCUAACUUUACAAGAAGUUUAGAUAUGAGUGAUUUCGGAGUUACUUUUUCAGCUGUUAUGCCACCAAGAACCCAGAGUCCUUCUAUCAUUUUCCUCUGCCGUCUCUGACAAGUCUACAAGUUCUGUCUUCAUGUUUGCAAGAUGGCUGCAGCAGCUCCAAGCAUCUCAACCUUAUAUGACAAUGUAUAGGAAGAGAAGGCAAGGGUACAAAAGGCUUUUUGUCUGCAUUUCUCUUUUAUCGGUAACAUCUUUCCCAGAAGCUCUCUCUCAGCAGAUUUCUUUCUUUUAUUUCAUUGACCAAAACUGGGUCACAUGUGUGUGCUGCAGCCAAUCCCUGGCAAAGGGAAAGGAAUGUCGUGUUGGGCUCAGAUCAAUAUUGAUUUGUCCUUUGAGGCCAGGAACAUUGCUGCCUGAAAAAACAAGCUUCUGUUAGGAAGGAGAAAAGGGGCAAUCAACAAUUCAUGGAUGCCCCACACUGAUGCUGCCAGGAGCCCAGAACCCUGAAAGUAGGGUGGUGGGAAGCAGGGAGGCUACCAGAGUGCAUCAGUUAGAACUGUUUCUGUGCUAAGUGCUGGGAAACCCCACUCGAACCGAUUUAAGCAAAAAGGGGUGUUUAUUGGACACAGCUGUGAAGUCCAGGUUAAACGCUGCUUUCAGGUCUCUAAUGAUGUUAAUAGAACUGUUUGUCUCUUGGUCCUGCGGUGUCGGCUCCAUCUCCAGUCUCCCCGUUGCCUUCCACGUCCCCUGCCCCUAUUCUUCUGUGUCCCCAUGUCCUCUCAAGUAGUCACAAGACAGCUGCGAUCACUACAGCCCCACAUCCCCACAUUCCAGUCCCCAGCGAGAAAAGCCACUCUUUUCUCAUCGCUUCUGCUGGGAGUCAUUCUUAUUGGA